UAGUAGGAGGAGUGGAAGUAGGAGGAGCAGCAGAGGGAACUCAGGGCCACACUUGACAACGUGACAGAGAAGAAGAGACCUAGGUGGACAAGAGUGUGUUUGGGUGUGGGGGCAACGGGAGACCUAGCGAAGAUGAGAAUUUCCAAAGUUUGUUCCCUGCUUCUACUGGCCAUAUCUGUGGUCUGUAUGAUGUCAGCAGAAGCAAACAGCCACAGACGGCACAAGCGAGAAUGGAUCAUAGCACCCACAAAACUGGAGGAGAAUGUUGACUACACGAAACGAGAGUACAUUGCCAAGAUUCGCUCAGACCUUGAUGAGGAGAAAAGAGUGAAAUACAGCCUGAAUGGACCAGGAGCCAGUGGGCCUCCUGUCAAUCGCUUUAUCAUUGACCCUGACACUGGCUUUGUCAAAGUCACUGAAAUUUUGGACAGAGAGGAAAUCCAUCAGUAUAAUCUUACUGGAAUUGCCACGUUCCUUGGCGGCACUGAGGCAGAGGAAGCUAUUGAGCUUACUGUCAUUGUCGUUGACCAAAAUGACAACCCUCCAAAGUUCGAAAUCCAGAGCGGCACUGUCAGAGAAUGCAGCACAGUCGGAACUGUUAUAAUGAACGUGACCGCCCACGACGAAGACCAGAAAGGGACAGUUAAUUCAAAAAUCGCCUACAGCAUCAUCAAGCAAGAGCCUCCAGGUUCUGGAAUGCUGUUUUCCAUCAACAGGGACACAGGACAGCUAUUUGUGAAAGAGCCAACUCUGGACCGUGAGACCCACGAUUACUAUGAACUGACUGUCCAAGGAGUGGAUAUGGAUGGGGCUCCGAAUGGAAACACUGCAACUGGUACAGUGAAGAUUACUCUACAAGAUAUCAACGACAACGUCCCUACUCUCGAGAAGGAGUACACUGGCAUUGUGGACGAAGGAGCUGUGGACGUGGUGGUGAUGAGAAUCAAAGCUUUCGAUAUGGAUUUAAAGGACAGUGAUAACUGGCUGGCUAUUUUCAAUAUUGUUUCUGGGAAUGAAGAAGAUCUCUUCACAAUCCACACAGAUCCAAAGACCAAUGAAGGUAUCCUGAAGCUGGUUAAGCCUGUGGACUAUGAGAAGAUCAAAAAGCUGAACCUUGAGUUGGAGCUGAAGAAUGUCGCUCCAUUCGUCAAUGGCACAGCCUUGGCUCUUGGAUUGGGAUUUGAGUGGCCAGAUCAGGACUUAGAGGCAGAACCUGGCCCUGGUGCUGCAGUUCCUAUUGCCAUUGAUGUUGGUGGAGGUGGAGGUGGUGGUGGUGGAGGUGGAGGUGGUGGUGGUGGAGGAGGGGGAGGUGGUGGCGGAGGUGGUGGUGGUGGUGGCGGUGGCAAUCCAAACCCAGGUACCAAACCUGGAGGGAAACCAGGUACCAAACCUGGAGGGAAGCCAGGGCCCAAGCCAUCCAAACCAGGGAAAAAGCCACCUAAAAGUUAUCCUAUUUCAAUUGCGGUCAAAAACAUGCCUGAUGGACCUAGUUUUGAACCGGGGGUAAAAGACGUGCCACUGUCAGAAAACCCAGAAGAGAUUGAACUUCACUCAGUCAUAGCUGUUUACCCAGCUGUGGAUGGGGAUACUGGAGAACACCUAGAUGAUGUCAAGUAUGCUGAAGGAUUUGACCCUGACAACUGGUUGACCAUUGAUGAAGACACCGCAGAGAUCAGACUGAACAAGAUGCCAGAUCGAGAAUCUCCAUUCCUAAAGAAUGGCACAUACUAUGCUGAGGUCCUCUGUCUAUCCCAAGAUGGAUCAGGAAGAACCGCCACUGGAACCAUUGCCAUUAAUGUACAGGAUUCAAAUGACAACUGCCCGAAACUGACGAGCACAUACCAGAAUAUCUGCACAGAUUCUAAAGUUGUGUACAUGUCUGCCAUUGAUGAAGAUUUCAGCCCCAAUGGAGAACCACUUCACUUCUCCAUCAUUUCAGAGCAGACCACAGGACCAUGGGAGACGGAGAAGCUCAAUGGCACAGCAGUGGCCCUGCAUCCAGUGGAGCCCUUGUGGCCAGGAGUCUACACAAUCACGGUGGAGGUAACCGAUGCUCAGGGUCUGUCCUGCCCAGACAAGCAGACGCUGGAGCUGGAGGUCUGCACUUGCACAGAUGGAUAUGGCUGCAGUCUCAGAGGAUAUAGGGGUGCUGAUGGCUCCUCCCCCAGUUCUGUCAGUUUUGGAGCACCAGCUAUUGGUGUUGUGUUGGCAGGACUGGCCGUCUUAUUGGUGGUCCCCCUACUGCUGCUGUUCUGCCAGUGUGGAUCUGUAGCCGGCAUGGCUGACCGUUUCAUGGACUUGCCUUUUGAUGUUAAAGAGUACCUGAUGCCAUAUCACACUGAGGGCAAGGGUGAAGACAAGGGGGUCCCUACCUACCUGCUGCCAGUUACUAUAAAAGAGGCAGCACCUGUGGCCCUCAAUUCUGCAGUGGAGCAGCAAACCACUCAAAUGUCCAGCAGCACCUACAGCCAGAUGAUACAGAUGAGCCAGUUUGAGCCAAGUAACACGCUCAGUGCUCAUCAGAGAAGCUCAACGUACCGCGCCGUCACCCGGCAGGAGAGCAGGCAGGCAGGCUUGGCAGACCUCUAUGAAGAUAUUGCUCUACCUGAUGAUUUACUGAUGAAGUACUUCGCCCAGAAGUCAGCAUGCAUAGCUGUGCAGGUUCCUCAGAAGGACACGUUGCUGGAUUAUGGCUAUGAAGGGCAGGGAUCACCUGCUGGCUCUGUGGGCUGCUGCAGCCUCCUGGGGUCUGAUGAUGACCUUCAGUUCCUGGAUGACCUGGGGUCAGAGUUCUCCACCCUGGCCCAGAUCUGCAAGCCACUAAAACUGAUUCUGGAACAAAGUGAGACGUCGCUGCAAGCAAAAACAGAGCGAGAAAGUUCUAUGUCUGUCAGCACUGUGAUGGUUUCCGAGGCUGUUCCUCCUCCUUCUCCUGUCCACACUGAAACCACAGAGAUCUGCAGGACCAUCAGCAACUCCUCUACUCUUCCCAGGAUUCAGUUGUGUGAAGCCGUUUCCGUGCCGACCCAGACUGUGCUGGUGCAGCAGCAGCAGCCCCUGUACUACAUGGUGGAGCCGCAGCAGGUCCAGAGCACAGUGCUGCUGGCUGAGAGGCCCCAAGUGGGUCUGGGUCAGGGAAUGAUCCUGGUCAACGCGAGUCAGACAGCCACAGAGGGGAUGCUGCUGCAGGGGGGAGACCUGGUGCAGGGAGCCCAGGGGCUGGUGAUGGCCCAGGGGGGUCAGGGAUUGGUGUUACAGCAGGGUGGGCACAUUCAGAUUGGUCAGGGUUUGGUGUUACAGCAGGAUGGGCAUGUUCAGGGUGGUCAGGGUUUGGUGUUACAGCAGGGUGGGCAUGUUCAGGGUGGUCAAGGUUUGGUGUUACAGCAGGGUGGGCAUGUUCAGGGUGGUCAGGGUUUGGUGUUGCAGCAGGAAGGCCACGUUCACAGGAUGGGCAUGUUCAGGGUGGUCAAGGUUUGGUGUUACAGCAGGAUGGGCAUGUUCAGGGUGGUCAGGGUUUGGUGUUACAGCAGGAUGGGCAUGUUCAGGGUGGUCAGGUUCAGUGCCUAA